CGCGCCCCUCAUACUCUCUCACGAUCUCUCGUGGUCUCGUUGCACCGUGUGCGCGCCAUCAGUCCAACCCUCGACGUCCUGCUGGACGAACCCCGCCGAGCUCUCUCGUCCCUCUUGUCUUGUUCUCGCGUCUUUGCUUCUCUCCUCGCUUCCAAAUAUUCCGCGCUGUCUGCGAUUCUCCGCGGGAGAAAGAUGGGAAGAACGCUGCCGACGCCGGUUGCUUGCAAGGUUUGUGGCGACCGAUCUUACGGGAAACAUUACGGGGUUUACUGUUGCGACGGUUGUUCGUGUUUCUUCAAGCGGUCGGUGCGUCGCGGCGCUCUAUUCACCUGCAUAGCCGGAACCGGAGCGUGCUUCGUCGACAAAGCGAGACGCAAUUGGUGUCCGUAUUGCCGCCUGAACAAGUGCUUUACCGUUGGCAUGAACACGGCAGGUAAGCAUAAUCGAAUCGACUUCGAUCGCAAACGCAAGUACGCCGCCCGCUACGACUUGGUAUCUCUUUCAUCUUCUUUGGACCCAGGAAUCGUAGCACCGAUUCUAAUCGCAAAGGAGGCGGCCGUCGCUGCAAACCCAACGAUGCGAUAUCACGCGACCGACGUUAACGUCGACGAUAACGGACUCUCUUUCUCGUCGAUGAGACGGAUCCUCUAUUCUCCUCGAGUGCCUACGAUUCUCGUCGCUGGAGACACGAUACGAUACGAAGUCGCGGCACGGAUAUUCUUCGCGACCGUGCGAGCCGCUCGCCAGCAUCCAGACUUUUCGAUGCUCGCUUUCGACGAGCAGAAUAAGAUUCUUCGAAGAGGAUGGGCUGCGGCGUUCGUUCUGCGAGCUGCGAUCUGGCCGGUCGACUUGACUAAUUUUCCGAAAACGAUCCUCUCGGCUGACAGACACGGCGACAACGCCCAACACCAUCGCCAUCACGCUGUAUCCUCGGCAAGAGCCACCAUCUCUAAUUUGCGUCCCGAUCGAGUCGAGCUCUCGAUUCUGGAAACCUUGAUCCUCUGUCGACCCGAGAUCGCCGAGACGGCGAACGGCAUACGUUUGACGUCGCGAGCAACGGACACCGCAGUGGACGCUCUGGUUCGACAUCUCGCUGGUAGAACCGAAUCGUCGGCCAGGAUGGCCAAACUUAUGCUCGUCCUACCCAUCUUGACGGGAUCCUGCCCCCGGGAACUAGCCGACGAUCUUUUCGCACCUAUUAUCGGUGACGUCGACCUCGAAAAAGUGAUCGCGUCUGUGCGCUGACUCGAUCGUUCGUUCCACCCUGUGUUCGUGUAUCUUCCUCCCUGUCGUAAAAAUCUAGUCACCGCGCCGCAACGUAAUCUCCGUUAUUUCCCUCCGUUCUUUCCUUCCCUUUUCUUUCCCCCUCUUUUUCCCCUUUUUCCCCGUCCUUCGCAAGCCACUGCGUAAAAAGCGUUUACCACGUGAAACGUUUUCACUUACUCGCUGCAAAAAUUCGUCACGGAGAUGCAACAAGGAGCCAACACUGGAUGAAAGAAUUGCGAUCUGCAUUUAUUUUCUUUGGCACUUUAUUCACGCAAAUGUAACGAUCUCACGUUCGGUGAUAUGUACAAUCGCUUACAGUAAUAUGGCGCAUCAAAGAGGAUGGAAGAAAGGCAGAGUUCGCGAAACGGUACGCGUCAACGUUCGGC